AAAGAGAGAGAGAGAGAGAGAGAGAGGAGGUCAGUCAAGCAGUGGUUGAUGGAGAGAGAGCAAGACAGGCAAAGAGCAGUUUUCAGCCCUUCUGAAUCUUUAAUAAGGGGGAUCCUCCAGCAUCAAGCAGCCUGGGAAGACUAAGAGGCAGAGUUAGGACUGAGUUGUGCAUUUCCCCGGCACCUACAGUGGCAGUGACACGAGAAGGAAGGAAGGAAGGAAGGAAGGACGGGGGGGGUGACAUACUGAAGCUUUGACCAGGACAGAGAUGGGAGAAAGGCAGAGCUAAAAAAGAAGAGACCUCUUUCCUGAAAGUGUAUGUGACCCGGCUUUUGGGAACUGGCAGGAAAAACCCUGAGCACGAAUCAGAGGAAAGCGAGGUGGAGGUGGAGGGCACAACUGGUUUCUGGCUAAUCCCUAAACCCGUGAAGAACAGGGGGGAAAAAGGGGAAGGAUCGAAAGCUCAGAGGCAAAUCCACGCAAGCAGCGAAAAGGUAUGUGUGAGCUGGCCUUUUCUUAGGUGCAUAUUUAUGUGUGAGACAGCCUCGAUCUGUCUGCGGCUGCAACAAGAAAACUUCUCAGUGUCUGGCAAGAGGACGAAAUAUCCGCUGUACAUGACCUGCUGAACUCGGACAGAGGGACACGCUGUAAAGGCAGGAAUUUCUUGAAGAGAACAGUCUGCCCUACAGGGCUCGAUCCGACGCAGGGAUGUCAUCGAACGAGCUGAGCGUGGUGGAGAUGGACUCCUGCAUCCGUACGUUCAAGGAGCACAUGCACCUGGAGCUGGAACCCCCCAAAAUACCAGGUGUGGUGGGAGGGAAGAGGGGCGCCACGUCUCCGAAACUGUCCCCCCGAAGCUCCCCGCGGCUUUUCCGCAAACUGAUGGUGAACAAGAGCAUCCGACAGAGGCGACGCUUCACCGUAGCGCAUACCUGUUUCGAUGUGGAGAAUGGCCCGUCUGCCAGCUGCAGCCCUCUGGACCCCCAGGCCUCUCCUGGAUCAGGUCUGGUCCUCCACACCAACUUCCCCGGUCACAAUCAGCGCAGGGAGUCCUUCCUCUAUCGCUCUGACAGUGACUACGAUCUGUCGCCCAAGUCCAUGUCACGGAACUCCUCUAUUGCCUCUGAACUGCAUGGUGAUGACCUGAUUGUAACGCCAUUUGCUCAGGUUCUGGCGAGCCUUCGAAGUGUAAGGAACAACUUCACAGUGCUGACCAAUGUCCAGUGUGCCUCCAGCAAGAGGUCCCCAGCAGCUGCAACUCAACCUCCGAUCACCAGAGUUUGUCUCCCAGAUGAGGCGUACCAGAAACUGGCCAUGGAGACGAUGGAGGAGUUGGACUGGUGUCUGGAUCAGCUGGAGACCAUCCAGACCUACCGCUCUGUCAGUGACAUGGCCUCCAAUAAGUUCAAGAGAAUGUUGAAUCGGGAGUUGACGCACCUAUCUGAGAUGAGUCGGUCGGGAAAUCAGGUCUCCGAAUUCAUCUCCAACACCUUUCUAGACAAACAGAAUGAGGUGGAGAUCCCGUCGCCGACAUCCAAGACAAGAGAGAAGAAGAAGCAGCAACAGAAGCAGCAGUUGAUGACACAGAUCAGCGGGGUUAAGAAGGUUUCCCACGGGCCUUCGCUCUCCAGCAGCAGCAUCUCGCGGUUCGGAGUCAAAACCGACAAGGAGGAGCUGCUGUCCAAGGAGCUGGAGGAUCUCAAUAAGUGGGGGCUGAACAUCUUCACAGUUUCAGAGUACUCCAACAACAGACCUCUUACAUGCAUCAUGUACGCCAUCUUCCAGGAGCGAGACCUGUUGAAGACGUUUAAGAUCCCAGUGGACACUUUCGUGGCCUACAUGAUGACAUUAGAAGAUCACUACCAUUCAGACGUGGCCUACCAUAACAGCCUACAUGCUGCAGAUGUAGCCCAGUCCACACAUAUCCUCCUCUCGACUCCAGCUCUGGAUGCGGUCUUUACAGAUCUUGAGAUCCUCGCAGCCAUCUACGCUGCAGCUAUCCAUGAUGUUGACCAUCCUGGAGUAUCAAACCAAUUCCUAAUCAAUACCAACUCUGAGCUGGCACUGAUGUACAAUGAUGAAUCUGUGCUGGAGAACCAUCACUUGGCCGUAGGAUUCAAGCUACUACAGGAAGACAACUGCGACAUCUUCCAGAACCUCACAAAGAAGCAGCGACAGUCUCUACGCAAAAUGGUCAUAGACAUGGUUUUGGCCACUGACAUGUCCAAACACAUGAGUCUGCUGGCUGAUCUGAAGACGAUGGUAGAGACUAAAAAGGUGACGAGUUCUGGAGUUCUGCUGCUGGACAAUUACACCGACAGGAUACAGGUGCUGCGUAACAUGGUGCACUGUGCCGACCUGAGCAACCCCACUAAGUCGCUGGAGCUUUACCGUCAGUGGACCGAUCGGAUAAUGGAGGAGUUCUUCCACCAGGGAGACAGAGAGCGGGAAAGAGGGAUGGAGAUCAGCCCCAUGUGUGAUAAACAUACAGCGUCAGUGGAGAAAAGCCAGGUGGGUUUCAUCGACUACAUCGUGCAUCCACUGUGGGAGACUUGGGCCGAUCUGGUCCAUCCCGACGCCCAAGACAUUCUGGACACGCUGGAGGACAACAGGAACUGGUACCAAAGCAUGAUCCCCCAGAGUCCUUCGCCGCCCUUCUACGACCAGGGUACGCACGGACACAGCGGAAACACCGGAGGGCAGGGAGGCGGGGAGAAAUUUCAGUUUGAGCUGACCCUAGAGGAGGAGGACUUGGACGGAAUAGAGAAAGACGGGGACGAGGAGGAGGAGGAGGAAGAAGAAGAGGAACUCGAAGAGGAGGAGGAUAGCCUGGGCGAGUCUCGUUCUCCUCCCCUGGACUAUUUGGACGGUCAGGACCACGAGGAGGGCGGCAUGAUGGAGCCCACGAUGGCAAUAGAGAUCGUCACACAAGAGGCGUCACCCACAGACACAUAGGGCUUCCAUCGUCUGGCUCACGUGGUGAUUUGAAAGUUUUUUUGGAAAAAAGAGGGGAGAUCCUCUUGCAGCUGUGCUUUUUAAUAAGCCCACAAAGGCAAGGGCUUGGUUUUAGCCCGCACAGGGUCGUCUUGCACUUGGGUGUUUGAAGCCAGACGCGGAUGGACAGUUUUAGUGAAAUGGCUUCAGAGUUCUCAGGAAAUAAUUACUGCGAACAUUUUAGUCUUGAUGGACAGAUGAGACUGUGGGUGGAACUUGAAGGAUUUUGGCCAGUUUUGGAAGUGGUUAUUUUUCUUUUCUGGACUGGCAUUAAAUGGACAAUGACACUACUGAGAGAAGUUUUGUACCUUAAGACUUUUUUACAGACAUGAUAUGAUCUAGAAGUAGCAUAUAGUAAGAUCUACUGAUGGAGAUAUGUUUGUAUAGCAAGAGAAAGUGUUUACUUUUUUCCUGUACCAUUUGUCAAAGGACUUUUGUGUGCCUUUUUUACUAUUGUCUUUAUAAUAGUUUUUUAUUUAUUGAACACUCUAGUAUGUCUGUGAAAUGUUUUCUUUUUCUUAUCUGAAAGAGCAAAAUCUUUUUUGUAUGUUAAAAAGCAGUCUUCCAUGUAUUGGGCAAUAGAGAAAUCCAAACAAAUGUCGACAAACUCUCGGACAAACUCAUCUAAAUAGGGAAACAUAAGCAUGCACGUGUUUUUUUGUCUUUAUCUUUUCAAUCCGAGCACAAUGAUUUUCUUUAGAGGUAAAGUUUCAUAUGCAUUCAUGUCAGUCUAUGAUUGUCACCCUGAAAUACAUUCACCUCUAUUUUCAUAUUUCAUCUAGAUAAGUGUUCUCUGUAUCAUUUCGGUGGUCUGCAGACCAUUAGGGCUUCCAACCUUUUCACACCAAAACUUGAUUUUUGAUGCAAAAUACUCAAAGUAAUAAAAAACAAUACUUGUAACUGCAACUUAAUGUAUUUCUGGUCUAAAUUUUUUAGUGAUAAAAAAAAUAUUCUGGAAUGUCUUUUCUGUUUCAUUUUGGUGUGAAAUGGAGGUUUUCCUAGUUCAAACCUUAACGACCUAUAACCAAACCCCCACAAUGAAUGAGAGGGGGAAAAAGCUGGUCUAAAAAGCAAAGGGGACGUGACAACAAGCUGCUUAGAUGAUCUAUACUACAAAAACUAAAUCAGAAAGGAGGUCUGGCUUGGACAAAAUGCACCACAGCCGUGAGUCUAUUUUAAGCCCACAGGUAUGCUGCAGUCUUAAUAAUCCUGUUAGACGGAAUACGUUUUGACCCCAGAUCCAUCUGAUGUAACGCCUCCUGCCCCUCUGCAAUCAUGCCCAGACCACAUGAUUAAAGGUGCUCUUACAGCUGCCUGUCUGAAAAGUGCUGAGACCCUCAUCAGCAGCAACAUUCACAUGGUUUACAAACCCCUCCAGGCUCCACGGACACGACCCCGAGACAAUCAGGCCAGCUAUUUCUUCCUCCAAAUAAAAAAAAAAAAAAAAAUCCCUCAAGUGCUGCUUCUGCUCAUUGACGUCAAUUGAAUUUCCCCUCCCCCUCAUCUGUAUCGGGUUUCCAGGACAGUUAGGUUAUUAGGAUUUGACACAGAUGAAAAUGCUGGAUUCAGCAGAGUAGACUGUAGCGCGAGAAGUAAUUAGGUGUCCCGCAACUACAUGAAGUAAAACUCAGAUCAAAUGAGCAUUUUUCUUUUCUUACACGACGGAAGGGCAGAUUGUUUGAAAAUGGUUUGCAGACCUGUGGCUUCCACGACUGACUCUGUUGUUAUUCAUGUUGGUUUACUGAUAAACUCAAAGGUACUUCAUCUGAUUUCACUUAGGCAUGCUUUAGUGGCAAUCUUUCAUAUGCUGUAUGUAUGAAAGGGUUUGUGUGCGUGAGUUUCUGUAUGUGUGCGUGACUCUGUUGGCAAGCCUUACCCCCAUCAGUCCACACCUUUGUCUCUACUGUUUGUCGCUAGGAGCUCAAGUUGGUCCUUUUUGCUGUUUAUAACAGUGUGUAUUUAUUCUAUACUUUAAGCUUGUAAAUAAGAAAUACUGGUUCAGUGUAAAAUCUAUUUUAAUUUAUAUGCACUUGCAUUACCUGGAAGUGGUGGUGUCUAAUGUGUAGAAGACUCUUAAUUAGAGUCUUUUUAUAUAUGUAUUAUAAAUUGUUUUUAUAUAUAUAUAAAUAUAUAAUUAUAUCUAAGUAUAUAUUCGCACAAUGUUUUGAGUGCCCAGCAGAGCAGCAGCUAAAAAGACAUGUUGUUGUUGUCACAUAAGAACUUUGUAACUACAAAAUAGCUUUUUAUUCAAGGUAAAAUUCUCUUGUACAAUGUGUUAUCAUAUUAAAAUGGACUUCAUACUAAACUUAUGCGUAAAUAUUUGAACCAAAAAUCUUGCAGUUAUUGCAUCACUGACAUAUAAAUUGCUUUUUUUUUUUUUUGGUUUUGCUCAGAAUUAUGUUGCAUUUACAAAGUAAUUGCCAAACUUUGCAGAGGACUAUGAGUGUUCUCAUUUAGUGUCUUAGAAGAUUUUUCUGAAGGACCAAUCAGUUUUUGAAGGUGCAAAGUUUUCAUCUGACAGCAGCAACUUGGUAACCCAGAGGCGACAUAGAGGACAUGUUAAACUGCGUAGGCUUGGAUAUAGGAUACAUGCAAGCUAGCUAAGGAGCACAGAAGCUUAUCGAUGCUUGUUAUCAAAGUACACAAAUAGCUUUUUUUCUCUCAGCGGCUUGUCACAACCUAAGCUUCUCCAUCCAACAUUUUGAUUGCAGAUUGCUGAUAUAUGAGGCCAGAUACAGUUCGACUGAGACUGAUAAACACGAAGCGAUUGUCUCCUUUUACACUUAACGCACUUCAUGUAAAAGUAGAUAACACAGGGGCAGUAUUGGUAGCAUGCUACAAUACGCCCGGCACCGACGUGAAUAAACAACAAAACAUGAUCUUAUGUAACUGAUUGUGCUAAUGUGUGAACUCUCUGACCAAACUUGUUAGCAGUUUUGAAAUUCAAAUUUGUCAGUAUUAACAUUGUUUAUCUAUGUUCAAGCUUUUUUUGGUCCUAGUUGUGUCCAAAUGGUUAGCCAGAUUUAGCACUAUCUGCAUGAGAGAUGGGUUUUUUUUUUUUAUUGUCAAUAAUAUGUUCAAGUCCACCAGUUGUUGCAGGUGGGUUAUUAAAUGUUUCACACAAUGUAUGGUAUUAUAUUGUAUAUUGUGUUCAAAAAUAAAUCUGAAAUACUUUUUCUAUGAAGUGAUUAAAAGCAAAGCAUGAAUAUA